UGAAAGGAGAGCUAUGGGUCUAGAGCUUUCUUAAAAUUGGAAAAAAUAAAACCAAAAUCUCUCAAUAGAAGGGGGAAAAAAGGCAGUAGAUACAUAUUACUGUAUUUGUCUUCUUCAGAAAUCAAAAUGUCGGUUCGAAUGUGAUUUGGAUUCGGAUCAUCCGGCCCGAAUUUGGAGAUCUCGUCGUCUUUCUUUCAGAAGGUGAAAUAGGGAAAUCCUGAGCUUUCCUUCAUUAGGGGGAAGAGAAUGGAAAUGGACACAUUUAUUGAUUAUGCAUCAUUUCUGCUGUCACCCAAGCGUACACGAUGUGAAUUGUUUGUUACUACUGAUGGAAAGACGGAGAAACUAGCGUCAGGAUUGGUGAAACCAUUUGUGAUUCACUUGAAAGCUGUAGAGGAACAAGUUGCAUCAACAGUUAAUUCUAUUAAGCUUGAGGUUCUGGGGGAUGGAAAUGCUAAAUCAUGGUUUACGAAGGGGACACUUGAAAGGUUUGUCAGGUUUGUUAGUACACCAGAGGUUAUGGAGCUUGUCAAUACCCAUGAUGCGGAACUGUCACAACUUGAAUCAGCUAGGAGAAUAUAUUCACAGGGUAUAGGAUCACAGCUUUCUGGUUCUGAUGAUGGUUUGUCCUCAGACACAGUAGCAACUGAUGCAACAAAGAAGGAGCUAUUGCGAGCCAUUGAUGUGAGGCUUGCUACAGUUCAACAGGACUUAAUGAUAGCUUGUUCUCGUGCAACAGCUGCCGGUUUCAAUCUAGACACAGUUGCAAAACUUCAAAUGUUUUCCGAUCAAUUUGGUGCACACCGAUUAAAUGAAGCAUGCUCCAAAUUUAUAUCAUUGUGCAAGAAAAGGCCAAACCUAAUCAACCAAUGGAAGGCAUGUGGAGCAGCAGAUGGACAUGCAGUAAGAUCUUCAUACGGCUCAGAUAUGUCCCUAGAUGAAGACCCAUCUACUCCAGAACAACAAUGCGCUAUGAUGCAACCAAACAGCCAAGACUCGGGUACAAUGCAUCAGCAACCCCCUCCUCUCCUUGACCAGUCCAGUGCUUCUGUUAAUCAAAUCUUGAAACCCUCUUCUGCUGACUUUCAUCAGCAACAGAGCAGUGGGGGGCCAAGCAUUGAGUCAGAAGAGAAGAGCAGUGAAAAAAAUGAUUUUGAUCAAACUGAGCAGACUCCUACUAGUAGGCAGAUAAGACGGCUAAGUGUGCAGGACCGCAUCAACAUGUUUGAGAACAAGCAGAAAGAGAAUUCAGGGGGUGGGGGGAAGCCAAUCGUGGGAAAAUCUGUGGAGCUUCGGAGGUUGCCAGUUGCACCAUCCUUAGUAGGGGAGAAGGCUAUCUCAAGGAGAUGGAGUGGUGCCAGUGACAUGAGCAUAGAUUUGAGCACUGAAAUGAAGGAUGUUGAGAGUCCUUUGUUCACCCCAUCUUCUGCUUAUGCUUCUAAGUCCAAGCAUGAGGACCAAGCAAAAUCAGGUUUUACUGAUAUGGAACAAAAAUUAGCUGACAUGGAGUUCCAAAGUGUGCCAGAUCAAGUUAGUGAUAUCAGAAUGAAUGAACAUGAAGACUUGAAGUUGCAUGUUCAAGAUUCUAAUGCCAGGGAAGAAUCAAAACAGUUAAGUGCUCCGUACAAGAAGGUAGAAGAUUCUCAAUCUAUUAACUCAAAGUGUAAUUAUUCAAUUGCUGUAGAGAAAAAUGGGCAGAAAGAUAGUAGUCAAAAAACUAGUGAGAAGACCAAGUCACAUUUGAAUUCAACUAGAACAGGGAAAAGUUUGAAAGAGAGACCAGAAGCUCAAGGGCUGUUUGGAUCAUUACCUUGGGACAAACCCAGAAAAGUUGGUGUAGCUAUUCAAGGAAAUUCCACAGGUUGUCAGGGAAGUGAUGGAACUAUUGGGGCUAACAAGAGAGCAGUUCAUGAGUCUGCGAUCACUGCAUUGAACAGAAACUCUUUUCUGGAACAGUAUCAAACUUCUGCCAGCUUGGCUAGUAAAGAUAAUGCAACCCACCAUAUUGUGCAUCACAGCGAUGAGGAAGGCUCACAAUUGGGGGAUGAAUUGAUGUCUAAAUCACAAUAUAAUGCUCCCCAAAACACUAAAGUGGACUUCGGGUCUCUGGAAAGUGGUUCCAUCUCAAGAGCUUUCUUGACCCCUCAAGCCAAAGGGGUUGAAGGAGGUUCUUCCUAUUCUGAAUCCAGAUUGCAGCCAUCAGUAGAAAUUGAGGAAGCUGAGAAGGAAAAGUUUGUCUCUGCUGGAGUGGUAGCAGAGGAGGAAGGAUCUAUGUCACUUUUUACAACCCCUGUACAGCAAGUUCGAAAGAUACGACAGUCCAAAGGAAACCAGGAACUUAAUGAUGAGUUGCAGAACAAAGCAAAUGAGCUUGAAAAACUCUUUGCUGAACAUAAACAGCGUGCUCCUGGAGAUCAUUCAAAUCCUACCCGUAAAAGCAGGCUUACUGAAAUGCCAGCCCAGGAACAAGCAGGUUCAUUGUAUACCACUCAUGUAAGAACUGCUGCUUCUGUCCAGUUGCCAGACAAAUACAUGGUAACUGAUGCAACUGUGACUUCUUCAAGUUGCAUGGUUAAUUGUGAUAAUAAUGUCACUGAAGUGGGCGACAAUAAAGGGUGUACAGAUGUUUUAAACGAGAAUUUCUCUGAGUUCAGUGCUUUAGAAGGUUCUCGUGGAAAACUUUAUGUGACAUAUAUGCAGAUAAGAGAUGCAAAACUAAGGGAAGAAUGGAAUUCUAAGCGAGAUGAGAAGGAAGCCAAGCUAAAGGCUAUGCAGGAAAGCCUGGAAAAAACUAGAGAUAAGAUGAAAGCAAAGUUUUCAGGAUCAUCAUAUAAAGAUGAUUCUCUUCCUACUGCACAUAGACGUGCAGAUAGACUAAAGUCAUUUGAUACCAGGUCAAUUUUGAGGAGAGAGAAGCAACAAUUGGAUUUUGAUCAACAUGAAGAUGAAGUAACCGAAAUUUGCAACCAGGAACAGUAUGGUGAACGAAGGUAUUCAAGUGAGAGAAGAGAAGCACUUUUUGAGGAUGAUGUUUCUAGAAGCAAUCAGACUCAGAAGCUUCUGCCUGCUAUAGGUCCAUCCUCUUCUUCACCUCGCCCAUCAGCAGCACCUGUUAUUAGGUCAGCUGCCAAAGCUACUACUAGCAAUCCUGGUCGGAGGAGAUCCCAAAUUGAAAAUCCUCUUGCACAGUCUGUCCCUAACUUCUCAGAUUUGAAAAAAGAGACUAGGGCUUCCACAACUGUGGGUAAAACAGCACGAUCUCAACUAAAAAACUAUGCUCGCAACAAACGUAUUAGUGAAGAGACCCCCAUUAAGGAGGAUUUAUCUUGCAGAUCACAAUUCCUAAGAAAAAGCACCUCAAAUCAGGGGGCGUUUGGUGAGGCAUCUGUUAUAGAUUGUGAAGAUGGCUCGACUUUUGAAAACGAUGAGAUGAUUGAUAAAGUAGGGAAUAAUGUGGCUUUCCACAAGGGUAAAAGUGAAAAUGCUAGAGUCAGUUUUCAGAAGCAGAGGAGAUUCAUAGGAUCUCAGAACAUGAACAGUGAUGGAAAUUACAAUGAUGCAGCAGUGCAUGAUUCAGACAGCCCAAUCGCCCUUGUAAAAGACAGAGAUGGCAUGUUUGAGAAUUCUGAGCAUAUCUCUAACUUAGGCAAUGUGGAUUCAAUAUUGACCCACGAAUCAGGUAAGUCUGCAGGUUUUGGAUCAGAGAAUGAUGACAAUCUCCUGAGGUCUUUUUCUCACUUUGACCCACCGCUGGACUCAGCAGAACAGUUGCAAGAUAGGCAAAGCCCUGUUUCAUGGAACUCUUGUGUCCGCCAUCAAUUUUCCUAUUCUAACGAGAUGUCUAAUGUUGAAGCCUAUGUGGACUCAUCUCCACUGGGAAGCCCUCCUUCAUGGAAUUCCCACUCACUAAAACAAACAGAAGCAUAUGCAGCUAGGAUGAGGAAAAUGUGGGGAGCUGCACAGAAGCCCGUACUUGUUGCCGGUUCACAUAAUCAGCCCCGCAAGGACAUGACUAAAGGAUUUAAGAGAUUGCUGAAAUUUGGAAGGAAACACCGUGGUGCAGAAAAUUUGGUUGACUGGAUUUCUGCCACUACUUCUGAAGGAGACGAUGACCUCGAAGAUGGACGGGAUCCUGCCAAUCGGACUUCGGAUGAUAUGAGGAAGUCUAGAAUGGGCCAUUUGCAAGGGCAACCUUCUGAUGAUAAUAGCUUCAAUGAACAGGAAUCAUUUGCCGGGCAACUUCAAUCAAUCCGUGGCUCUAUACCGGCUCCUCCUGCUAACUUCAAACUUAGGGAUGACCAUUUGUCUGGGAGCUCAUCACUAAAAGAUAAAUAAUGAGUCAUGGAAAUGUAUUACCUUAGAACUUUAUUUAGUAUGACACAUUUUUAGCGUAACAAUUCGUGUGUUGACAUUCACAUUCAUUUUACAGCUCCAAGAUCUUUUUUUUCCUUGUCAUCCUUCCGGAAAUGACUCAAAGAUCAGAUAAGUGUACACCCAAAAGGAUGGGGAACCAAUCACAG